UAGAUUUGUACAGCUGGCCUUGUACGUUAUCUACAUUAAAUACACAAUAUUUGACGAUUCUAUAUAUUAUUCGUGUAUUUAAUGAAAUUAAUGUUGAUUUAGGGAUAACAUUAUCGUAUUGACAUUGUUUUCUCAUAUACGAUCUCGUUAUUUCUAACAGAUAAAACUGUUUUUAUCUGAUAAUACAUUUGAAAUGAUUAAAAUCGGUCAAAACUAUGCAAAUUAAAUUCAUAUUAAAAUUUGAUUUAUCAGUAUAAGAGUCAGGAUAUAUAUAAUAGUGUAAAAGUAACAGUAAGUAAUUUACUUCAUCAGACAUAUAAAAUGCAAUCACACAUUUAAUGCAAUAUUGUUUUUUUUUCUGUUGCAAUAUUAAUUAAAGAUUUUUAUUAUUAUUUUUAUUUAAAUAUGUUAUUUAUAAUUGAACUUUGCAUAGGUAUUAUACGUCGCUAAGAAAGCUUUAAUAACUGCAAUUCAAAUACAAAAAAUGACAACAUUUAAUCGGAAAGGAUAUUUAAAAAAUAGACAUGGCAUUGUACAACAUUUAUUGGUCGUGCUGUUUGGCAUAUCUGCUUGGAUAGGUGUUAAUGGAAUCUUUGUACAAUUGCCAAUACUCAUUCAUAAUUCUCCCGAAGGUUCAGCAUUACCAACUUAUAUAGUAAUAGCGAUACAAAUGGCUAACUUGGGACCAAUAAUAUAUAUGCUUUUUCAACAAAUGCAAUUUAAAGUUAAUGAAUUUGUUUGUAUAUUAGGUGUACUUAUUGUAGGAAAUAUUUCUAUGAUACUUUUAAUAUUUUUUUAUAACAAAACUAUCAUUCUUUAUAAUUCGGAGUAUAGUUUGGUUUUAUUUAUUUUAACAUUUUUCACUGCACUUGUUGGGUGUUUCAGUUCUGUCCUAUUUAUGCCUUAUCUUCGUAACUUUGAUGAAUCUUAUAUGAUAUCAUAUUUCAUUGGAGAAGGAUUAAGCGGCGUAUUACCUAGUUUAGUAGCAUUGAUACAAAAUAUCGGUGACAAUACAGAAUAUUAUGUUAUAAAUAAUAGUAAUAAUAAUAACAACAACAUCACGUCGAUAGAUAUUGUUAUUCCUAAUAUAAACUUUACUCCGUUAUAUUAUUUUGUAUUUAUCUUUAUAGUAUUACUCUUAUCUCUUAUUGCAUUUGUUAUAUUACAAUAUUUCUCAUUUGUUCAAGAUAUUCAAGACAAUUUUAAACAGAAUGAGAGUAGUUUGGAUAAAAUACAAGCUAUACGUUACAAUGUUAAAAAUAAGCCUAUUUCCAUUUUUGAUAAGUCAUUUUUAAAGAACGAAUUAACGAUGGUUGUCAAACAUCAUGACGUAAGAAAAGAAUCAAAGUGUCUUAAUAUGCAUUAUAAAAUGUCUCUCUGUAAAAAGGCAUAUUUACUUAUUUUAAUGAGUACUCUUUGUUUCUUUGGUAAUGGAUUUUUACCUAGCAUACAAUCGUACUCUUGUUUACCAUAUGGAUAUAUAACAUAUCAAUUGUCUAUUACUUUAGUACAAUUUGCUAAUCCAAUAGCAUGUUUCAUUACAUUUUUUAUUAUGCCAACAAAUGUAAAUAUUAUUCAUUCUUUAUUCGUAAUAACAUUUAUAUUUUGUAUUUGUGUUACUUACGUAGCAUUGAUGUCACCUUUUGUGCCACUGCUAGAAUCCAAAAUUGGUAUAAUCAUUAUAUUAAUAUCGUGGACUAUUUUGAUAGGUAUUAUUUCUUAUACAAAACUUGUUAUUGUUACAAUAUUUAGACAAAUGCAAAAUGUUAAUAUUCUCUUUUAUGUUGGCAUUAUCAUGCAGGCAGGUUCUGCAAGUGGUGCAAUUAUUUCUUUUACUUUGAUCAAUUUUACAGAUUUUUUUCAAGCAUAAAAAGAAAGACCAACAAAAAAAU